GCGGGUGGGCUCGGUGAGGCGCCCGGCGUCGAUGGGCGGGCUGGGCAGCCGGUUGCUGGGCCCCGGCCCCUCGGCGGCCCCGUCGGCCCCCUCCUCCACCGCCUCCGGCGGCGGGGGCCCCCCCGGCCCCCCCUGCCCCUGCUGCGCCGGCCGCAAGCGGAAAUGGGCCGGUGGGCGCGGGGCCCGGGACCCCCACGGAGACGGGGACGGGGACGGCGACGGCGAGGAGGAGGAGGACGAAGACGACGACGACGAGGAAGGAGGAGGAGGGAGGAGCGGGAGGCCUGACGUGAGGCGGCGCCGCCGGCUCCUCCACAGCCCCUGCAGGAAGAAAAUGAGGAGCACAGCCAACUACAUUUAUCAGACCCUGUUUCUGAACGGGGAAAAUAGCGACAUUAAGAUUUGUGCUUUGGGAGAAGAGUGGAGUUUACACAAGCUAUACUUGUGUCAAUCCGGCUACUUUUCGAGUAUGUUCUGUGGGUCUUGGAAAGAGUCGACCAUGGAUGUCAUCGAACUGGAAAUACCCGAUCAGAAUAUCGACAUCGAAGCGCUGCAGGUAGCGUUCGGCUCGCUGUACCGCGACGACGUCCUGAUCAAGUCCAGCCGGGUCAUCUCGGUCCUGGCGGCCGCCUGCAUGCUGCAGCUGGACUGUUUGAUACAGCACUGUGGGGAGACAAUGAAAGAGACAAUUAAUGGGAAAACUGUAUGUGGCUAUUACACAGCAGCAGGGAUCUAUGGAUUAGAUUCUGUAAAGAAAAAGUGCCUCGACUGGCUCCUCAACAACCUGAUGACUCGUCAGAGCGUCGACCUCUUCAAAGAGCUCAGCCUCAGCCUGGUGACGCAGCUGAUCUGCUCCUCCAACCUCUUCGUGAUGCAGGUGGAAAUGGAUGUGUACACCACCCUCAAGAAGUGGAUGUUCCUGCAGCUAGUACCGUCCUGGAAUGGAUCCUUAAAAGAGCUCUUAACGGAAGCCGACGGCUGGUUUUCCAAAUGGCGGAAAGAGUCCGGCGGGGCCGCCUUCCUCGAGUCGGAUCGCGGGAGGAUUUUCCGGCCGGUUUUCCAGCAGUUGAGGCUGCAGUACAUCGUCAGCGACCUGGCGUCGGCCAGGAUCGUGGAGAGCGACGCUCUUAUACCUUCAGGCUGGCUGGCCUCAGUUUACAAACAGCAGUGGCUGGCGAUGCUCAGGGCCGAACAAGACGAUAAUCCCGGGCCUCAGGAAAUCAACCAGGAGGAGCUGGAAGGGAACAGCAUGCGGUGCGGCCGGAAGCUCGCCAGCGACGGGGAGUACUGCUGGCGGUGGACGGGCUUCAACUUCGGGCUGGACCUGCUCGUCACUUACACCAACCGGCACGUCCUCUUCAAGCGCAACACUCUCAACCAGCCCAGCAGCGGCUCCGUCAGCCUGCGGCCUCGCAGGAACCUGGCUUUCAGGUUACGUUUGGCAUCUUUCGAUGGUAACGGGAAGUUAAUUUGCAGUCGAACAACUGGCUACGAGAUCCUCACGCUUGAAAAGGACCAGGAGCAGGCCGUGAUGACCCUGGACAGCCGCCUCCUGGUCUUCCCCUUGUACAUCUCGUGUAACUUCAUGUACAUAGCGUCCGAGAAGACGGACCAGGCCAGGCAGCCGGAGACUCCCGAAGAGCGAGCCCCUGCCUAGAUCCCGGCGCUUGGGAAACCCUUUUUUGGGGUUUUCUUCCCCCGACGCCGGCUUGACUUGCGUUAAUCCUAUCAGAGAGCCCCCCCCACUCCCCCUGCCUCCCUCAGGACCUCCCCCCCGCCACCAGCUAAGGUGAAUAAAUGACGAAAAAGACCCCUGGAUGCCGCAAAAGACCCCCGGGCGGAGACGAAGACGACGCAUCUCGAGGACCAGAAGGCGUCCGCCCGACGGCCUCGGGCUCCGACCGCCUCUCCCGUCUCUCGCUCCUGGAGAAGGCGGGCGAGUCUCAGGCGGAGCGAG